UUCAGGAAAUCCAGUCCCAUUUGACAUUUCCAUUUAUCAACGUUUUUCUUUCUUCAAUGCAAUUAGAAUUUUAAGAUAUCGUCAAGAAAGUUAUGUUGAAAUGCUUAACGACAUUACUUAAUAACAGUUUAGAGUCUAAUGUCAGUGCUACUGCCUUUAGUUAUGUUUAUUCUGCAGACUAUCAACACUUGAACAAAUCCUGCAAACUAGUUAUACAUGUAAAAAGUUGAAAUGUUCACAAUUAAACGACACACUUUUUUGUAUGGUCUUCCACAUGUUCAAUGGAAUUAAUCAUUGAAGUUUGAAUGAUCACUGUUAUCUGGGUAUAUUGUUGUAUUGCUAAAAAUGUCUUCAUUCUUGUUCAUCGUCUUGACACCAAAUUCUGAAGAUGUACUAGUAACAUGCGGAAAAAAGAAAACAGCCAAGGAUGAUGAGACUGAGUCCAAAGAUGAUCCAAAAGUCAAAGAAGAAACAGAAGAGAAAACAGAAAAUGAAAAUGAGGAUGCUGCUGGUGAAAAUGAACAAAAACUUGAUGGAGAUGUAAACGGAAAUGAACAGAAGGAUGGAGACGGUAAAACUGACGAUAAAAUUGAUGAUAGUUUGAAAGAAAAUGAAGUGAUUGAAACUGGGUCAGUUGGUUCAGAGGUGAUUGAUGAAGGGACAAAUGUAGACCUCGCAGAGGUCAAAGUUCGUGUAGAUGAUGGAGAAGAUAACACUGAAAGCAGUAAAGAAGCCUCUAGUGAUGAAAGUGAAGCAGACGAGAAACAAGUUGGCCGCUUCCUUGUGAAAGUGACUGAAGACAAGUCAGACAAUGAAGAAGGAGGGAAUGUUGGAGAGGACACUACAAGGUCUACUUCCAGCAUGACGAGAUCUGUCAGCUCAAAUAGGUCCCUCAGCCCACUUAAGGCGGUUGGUUCCAAUCGGUCCAUGGAAAAGAUUGCAAUGGAGACAAAGAUCAGUACAGCCGAAGUUUCGGAGGAGACACCGACAGGGGAGAAUACUUUGACUGAGGUGGAGUCUGGGGAGUUAACUCCACUUGUCAUUUUAGAAAUGCCACUUUAUAAGAAGGUGGAUGAGAUGUUGGAGUCAUUUGGAAUCACAACAAUAGACAGGGAGGUGAUAGGAAACAGCAAAUACAGAAAGUUCUCAUUCAUCCUGGAUGACAGUCAGAUGUGUGAGAAGGUGCUAAACAAGCUGGGAACACUCGGUGUCGGCUCUGUCAAGGACUCAUCAUUCAGUGUGUUUCCGUCCAGCCUAUACAAUGGCUACAAGCCUCGUGAAAAUGAGGAGGAUGAGGAGAAUGGAGGAGGGGUGUCCACCAAUGCAGAUCUACUGGCAACAGCACGUAGGUUGCGGAAACAGGAGAGCUCGUCCAGGGAAGUUUUCAUGAAAUCCAUCAAGUCAAGACUUGUUGUACAACAGGUUGUGAACACAGUAACAGCGAACGCCCAGUUCACCUUUGAUUACUUGCUACUCAUUAUUCUUGCCAGUCUGAUAUCAUGUAUGGGCCUGGUAGAGAGCAGCUCUGUUGUUUUAGUUGCCAGCAUGCUUAUAUCACCACUUAUGGGACCAAUCCUUGCCACAACAUUUGGUCAGGUGAUACAGAACCACGGGCUCAGAAAUCUCGGGCUCAAGUCAGAACUGAGCGGCCUGCUCAUAUGUAUUUUUGUUGGUUUUGUGUUUGGGCUAGUGACAGGAAGUUUUGGUCUGAAAGGGGCAGUUUGGGGCAGCACCGACCAGUGGCCUACACAGGAGAUGGCCAGCAGGGGAGAGUUGAGAGCCCUGUGGGUAGGAAUGCUGAUAGCAGUGCCAUCAGGAGCAGGUGUGGCCCUCUCUGUGCUUGGUGGGAACGCCGGGUCCCUGGUGGGCGUGGCAAUAUCUGCCUCCCUUCUACCCCCGGCCUGCAAUGCUGGAAUGUUGUGGGCAUAUUCAUUCCUUGCAGCCAUCAGUCCACCAGAAAUUGUCCAGACUGCCACUACACUACUCACUACGGCCAUGCCUUUAACAACUGCAAUGAUUGACAACAUCACAAUAACAAUAGCAACCAACACCACCAUCAGCACCACAGCUCCUACAGCCACCAACCCGACCCACUUGGCCUCGGAGGGCACAUGCCUUGCCCUGGUAAACAAUGCGUACGUGCCGGUGUACAGUUGCUCGGUUCCCCGGGAGGCGGCAAUGCUGGGAGCCAUUAGUCUUCUCCUCACCAUCCUCAAUAUACUUUGCAUCAUUGCGAUGGGUGUUCUCGUACUUCGGAUCAAGGAGGUUGCCCCAGAGACAGCAGGCCCUAUCAAGUCUUUCUUCUCAGAGGAUAUACAUGUUGCGAGGUCGUACAACACCACCCAGAAGGGUGUGACAGGAAAUACACUUGGUAAGCAGCUUCUGUCAGAGUGGAGCCUGUACAAGGAGCAGCAGGCCCAAUCAGACCAGGACGGCUUGAGCAAGGAGAUCGGGGUCGUGGAGUUUGUCAACCAAAUAAAGGACAUAGAGAUGUCCCCAUACACCCAGCAUCUCCUCUCCAAUCUGCCCAACCGUUCAUCCUGGGCUGUGCACAAUGAACUCAGUCCGGAGUAUGAUAUGGCUGUCAACCGUUUGAACGAACAGCUAUCCAAGCACCCCUCAGUCUAUCUCGCAGAUGCAUCAGUGACCGACCAGCGGAUCAAACAGGCUUAUAACACCAUACACCACAUUCCAGGACAGCAAAACUCCAUGGGGGCUGAGUUUAGGAGACAUCUGAAGCAACGAAGUUCUGCACGGAAUAUGAGGCCUGUAUCAACAGUUUUGGAGACGGUAUCUGAAACGUCCCUGAACUCCAAUAAGAAUGAGCAGCCAUCUGUAGCUCCAACUGCUGCCUCUGGAAGAAAUCUUCUCAACUUUACGAGUAACAAACUGUUCAAACGUAGGAAGCCUCGCGUUCAAUUCAAGGAAGGAGAAUCUGACUCCUUGGUUUGAGCUAUAUGUUAUAACUUAUACUGGGUUGCGGACAAAAGUGCACUUUCAGUUCUGCUGUGUUUUGGGGUUAUUUUCUGUUAAUGUUUUUAGCAUUUAUUCAUUACAAGACUACUUUAUGUGUUAAUAGUUUUCAUUGGUUCAUUUUAAACUUAUUUCUAACAUGUAAAAUAAUAAAUUUAAUAGAUCUAUAAUCUACAUAAAUAUAUUUUUUUAACAAAAUUUGUUUUCUUUUAUAUGAAGAUGUCAUACCCA